CCCUUUCAAAAAGGAUUUUUGAGAAGUCUUUUUCUCUGACUUGUCUCGUGGUUAUUUAUUUUAAAUGCAUCAUUCCGAAAGUGAAAGUAAAGGUUAGAUUGCUGAAGAAACAGUAAAGAUGUAUUCGCCAUUUGUAGAAGAACUUAAUUGUGCUGUGUGUUAUGAAAUCUUCAAGGAUCCUGUUGUUUUAUCAUGUAGUCACAGUUUCUGUAAAGAGUGUCUUCAACAGUUCUGGAGAACCAAGGAAACUCAGGAGUGUCCUGUCUGUAGGAGAAGAUCCUCAAGGGAUGAUCCUCCAACUAAUCUUGUGUUAAAAAACUUGUGUGAGUCGUUUCUGAAGGAGAGGAAUGAGAGGUGUUCAUCAGGAUCUGAGGAGAUCUGCAGUUUACACGGUGAGAAACUCAAACUCUUCUGUCUGGAGGAAGAACAGCCUGUGUGUUUAGUGUGUAGAGAUUCACAAACACAUGACAACCACAAAUUCAGACCCAUCAGUGAAGCAGUUUCAUCAUAUAAGGAGAAGCUAAAUACAGCACUAAAAUCCUUACAAGUGAAACUUAAACACAAAGAGAACAUUAAAGGGGAAUUUGAGAAAACAGUUGAACACAUCAAGUCUCAAGCUGAGCACACAGAACUUCAGAUUAAACAGCAGUUUGAGAAGCUUCAUCAGUUUAUCAGAGAUGAAGAAGAAGCUGCAAUCACUGCACUGAGGGAGGAAGAGGAGCAGAAGAAGCAGAUGAUGAAGGAGAAGCUGGAGGAGAUCAACAGACACAUCUCAGCUCUUUCACAGACAGUCAAAGACACGGAGGAGAUGAUGAGAGACAGUGACAAUGAUGUUCUAAAGAAGUUUCCACUCUCAAUGGAAAGAGUCCAGAUCUCAUCACAGCCGGAUCCAGAGACACCUGCUGGAGCUUUGAUUCAUGUGCCACGUUACUUGGGCAACCUGCCCUUCAGAGUCUGGAAGAAGAUGAAAGAAAUCAUCCAAUACACUCCUGUGAUUCUGGAUCCAAACACGGCUCAUCCAGGUCUCGUCCUCUCUGAUGAUCUGACCAGUGUGAAAGACCGCUGGAACAAACAACCGCUUCCUGAUAAUCCAGAGAGAUUUGACAGCUAUUCCUGUGUUCUGGGUUCAGAGGGUUUCAAUUCAGGAACACACUGCUGGGAUGUGGAGGUUAAAGGGAAUUCACACUGGAUUCUUGGAGUAACUGCAGCAUCGAACCAAAGGAAGGGACGUGAGUUCUUUGACACUGAUGUGUGGAGUGUGCAGUAUGGAUUGUAUGAAGGGUCUGGUUUUCCUGUUAAACAGGAUCUUGAGUGUGUGAGAGUGUAUCUAGUCUAUGACAGAGGAAUGGUGUUAUUCAUUGAUCCUGUAACUAACACACAUCUACACACAUUCACAACCACCUUCACCGACACUGUCUUUCCUUUCUUCGAAACUGCUUCCUCUCUGAGAAUCUUGCCGUUCAAAAUUUAGUAAAUGUUACACCUGGAUCUUCCUGCUUUCAUCUUUCCCAGUCACCAUGUUUUAAUCCAUAUCACAUGAGUGAGAGUGCUGUUGAUCUGAAUAUCAGCACUUCAGUCAUUCAGUGCUAGUACAGACACACUGACAGAGACAUAAUGCUGAACUUCCAGCUGAAGCGAAUGCUGGUGCAAACUUCUAGUUAUUAUCUAAUAAUUGUUUGAUUGUUUUAUAAUUGCUAUAAACCAUGGUUGUUUUAAUUUAAAGGAUCAACUGAAAGGAUCAAAGCAUCAAAGGACUCUUUUAACCAAAAAAAAUAGUAACAACUUGGUGGCAGAUUGUGUGAGUGAUCAAUCUGGCGCUCUUGGCUCACUUCCUCCUGGAGCUUACCCUGGAGUUUGUUAUAAUAAUGUGGAUCAACAGGCUUCUUACAUGGAUUAUACCUCUUCUCAUCAUCCAUCCAGUGACACUGAUGAUCAAACUGAUCAAAUCGCUCAUGGUAGCUACCAGCAACAGUGUUAGCAUCUGUAAAUCAUUUUAAGCUAGAUACAAAAUAGAUGCAAGUUUAAAUUGAAAUGUUUGCACUUCUAACCACCAGAUGUCACUGUCAGCCAUAAUUAAUACAUUCCAGUCCUGUCAGUAAAAUUGUUUUAUGGCAUUUUACAUACUGUAUGAUGAAACAGAAUUUACAUUGUUUACAACAUUGACAUUGUAUGAUACCUCUCUUUAUUCCAGUAUUGUAUAAUGUGCAUGAAUAUUAUGAAGUGUAUUAUAUGAGCACAUGAGCAUAACCAGUCUAGAUAUUCAGUUCCCCUGCCACUUUGUGCAAAAAAGAUGAAAAGCCUUUAUAGAAACUAAACAUUGAGGCAAACAGCAUCUUCCAUAAAUUAUUUGAAAUCAAGUGAAUGUGUCUGGCAGUGAUUGUUUAGUUUCUAUGUUGUGACGUCAGAGAUAAGAAGUCAGUAGAUUCAUUGGCCAUCUGACGACGUUGUUGUCUCUGAUUUUGUUACUGUUAAUUGUAGCUGGCAACUAAGUUACUGAGAAAGUGACAGUUAUAAUUCUUCAUCUUUACUAAGAUGAAAAAAAAAAUGUAAUAUGUUUGCAUUGACAAUCUUUUAAAGGCCACUAGAUGUCACUGUCAGAUAAUUACUGUGAGCUGCCAAGGUUUAUUUUAAGUAUACAUGCACUUUACAAUGUUUACUUUAAAUUAAAUUAAAUUAAAUUAAAUUAAAUUAAAUUAAAUUAAAUUAAAUUAAAUUAAAUUAAAUUAAAUUAAAUUAAAUUAUUAAUAAUACAUACAGCUUUCAAUGCUCACUUGAAACCCUUAAAUUAAAUCCAGCAUAAUUAAUUAUACAUCUAUCUUACAAUGUUAAAUUAAAUUACAUUAAAUUAAAUAGUAUAAGGGCACGCAACAAUACUACAGAAUUAUUUUAAUAAUUUAUAUUAAUAAAAAAAGGUAUCUUUGUCUUUAUUUUCUACAUCUACAACUUUUUAUACCACAAAUAAUGCAUCACUUUUCUUACAAUACAAAACAAACAUAAAAUCAAACAGAUAUUGCAUGUCUGAGUGCAUGAAAAGAUAGUUAUGUUUACAUACAACAAUUUUUCUGCUUACAUUUAUAUAGGCUCCAUUACAGUGUAAAUAGUAAGUGUGAUAAACAGACAUGUAUUCUGACUUGCAGUUGGAUGUUAACACAUUUGCUUGCUUGAGAACAUUUUAUUUGGGGGAAAAACAGUGGCAUAUUAUCUUUCAGUUCUUGUUGAGAUGGAAACAGAAAUGAUCAAAAUCGUUUUUUUUUUUUUCCUGUUGUUUUUCAUGUCAGACUGUUCAGUUCAGUAUUAAAUGCAUCCUGUCCCUUCAUUUGAA